GCUGGAGCAAUUUUAUAUAAGGAAAAUACUCUUAAUUUAUUUAUCUUACUUAAAAGUUGCAGGUAAUUAUAGGGUUGUGAAGGCAGUCUCCGUCUCAGCACACGGAGUCUCACAGUAAUUAUGAAGGGGCAGCAGGAGCCGAAAACCGAUUCGCAACCUAAUUCACAACCUUUAAAUAAUCUCAGUGCUGUUCAGUACAGCCAAUACAACACAAUACGAACGCGCAAAACAGAGUUCUAAGUUUAGAAAAAAGAGAAGCGUUGUGAGUUGGUGAAGUUUGAACCGCAAGUAACUGCAAGCAUCUUAAUCAACUCUCUAGUAAGUUACCAUUAACUGUACAGCGCAGCCGUCGCCUGGUUUCCAACCGCUGUACACAAGAGAUACAUUCAUGUUACUGAAUCUGACAUGAACUGCAGAGGAAAUUUUUAAAUAAGGGACGGUUUAUUACACGACGGCUGUGUCUAAAUGCAAAAUGAAAGCAGGCGUGAGACGGCAUUCACUGACAUCGGUCUCUGCAGGUCGGAGCGCUCUGCCUGCAGACUGUUGGUAAACAGCCUUGCGUGCAAGUGCGCGUGUGCAUGUGUGUGUUUGCGUAUAGCGACCAGCUCUCCGGUCCGCAGCUCGCCGUGUCGCCGUCAUCCUCGCACUGUGACUAAGCGCGUCCGUCUCGUCCUGCAAUAUUUCGCCUCUGUCUUCGUACACGGUUAGGCGGCGCAGUCCACUGCGGACAGCAAGGAUCCAGGUGAAGCGGCCGCAGUGCAUAAGGGACGCUGUCCCGAGUGCUGAAACGCGCUUUCCGCGGAAGUAUCACUCGGGCUCGUUCUCUACACUCCUUGUCGGAGUAAAUGGGAUUUCAGGUUCUGCGAUGGAGAGAUUUUUCCCGUCCUCCGCUGCGCUGUUGAUUCUCGGCUGUCUUGGCGUCUCUCGGGUCCAAGCGGACAACCUGACACGCCCCGUCAAUGUCACGGUCAAGGCCCUGACAGCCAGCUCCGCCGUAGUGACAUGGGACAUCCCCGAAGGGGCGCCCAUCAUUGGUUUUGCCAUUACGCAGCAGAAGAAGGAUGUGCGCAUGCUGCGCUUCAUCCAGGAAGUGAACACCACCAGCCGCUAUUGUGCAUUAUGGGACUUGGAGGAGGAUACAGACUACACUGUGCAUGUGCAGGCCAUCAGCAUGUGGGGCCCAAGCCCACCCAGCACCCCCCUGCGCUUUCGUACCCCAAAGGAGGCUGAGAAGCAGGCAUCCAAAACCAAAGACGAGGUGACAAUGGAAGAAGUGGGACAGAGCCCUGAACUGCAAGCUGGAGAGCUCAUCAUCAUCCUGGUGGUGCUCCUCAUGUGGGCAGGUGUCAUCGCUCUUUUCUGCCGUCAGUAUGACAUCAUCAAAGACAACGAGCCCAACAACAACAAGGACAAGGCCAAGAGUUCAUCAGAGUGCAGUACUCCUGAGCAUCAGACAGGGGGGCUGUUGCGCAGUAAGUUCCCCAAAAACAGAAAACCUUCAGUGAACAUCAUUCAGGUGUAACAGAGGACCAGCUGUCCAGGAGAAACCAGUGGUCCAAGACCUAAUGAAAUGCAGGUGGCGCUCAGAAUUCUGGGAACUACUGGUCAACCUAACAGCGCCCCCUCAAGGACAGUAAAGGGUUUAAAAAGGGAGCUUCCUGCAUAAAUCUCACUCCGCUUCGGCCCCUGCUUUGAAUGCUACAGAAGGAGGCGUUAAAGAGCAGUGCUUCUGAUUGGCUGUGGGUUGGGAAAGGAGGUAGGAUGUGUACGGCAUGAUCUGACCGUCAAAGAGGACGCACUCUGCUAUCACACGCACAGUGGCAUCUGAAGAGUUAGUGCAAGAUGCUCACCUUCAGGAAUCUCUUCAGGCCUCUUGAACUCUGGAGAGCUCUGACCCACAAGAGGGCGCUGUGGUGUCCUGGGGGGUGGAAAGGGGGCAAUAAAACACCCCCCGCACUCAACCCUUUCCUAGCAUGCACCACCACAUGUGUUGAACCUGCAAAGAGAUGUGAACAUGAGCAGGGCAGAUAGAGUAGUGUAGCAGGUUUGAAUAAGCAAGCUCCCCCCACACUUUCUGAGAUGGAUGUGAUGGAGGAAGUUCCCAUGGACACAGUUGCCAAGGUGACCCUUUUGUCCAGUUAUGACCAUUGUUGACUGUUUGCCCUCCAUCCUAUCACCUUUAUCCUUGCCCCACCCACCACACAGGAGCUUAUGAAGAAGGUCAAACAGUAGCCUCCUUGUAUGGGGUGUCAGAGAUGCUGUGUCUGGAGGGGCAGGAGGCACCUACCUUAAAACUCAGCACGGUGUCGAAGGGACCUGCAGGUCGAUGGAGCCCGGGAUGGACGCCUCGACAUGUCAGCAACAUCCCUGGCUGAGAAAGGCUCCGUGUUCCCGACGGGCCCUGCUAGUGAGCUGAGGACCUGUGUUCACACUGACACAUCAGGCCACAAGCUGUGGUUAUGUUGGCGUCUGAGGGCAUGUCUGACCAUCACGCAUCCCACACCAUCCCUUCCGAGUGCGGCGUCACCUCAGCCUUCCCUGUCAUGUGCCGUGGUCUCAUCACAGGAACCCCCCAUGAGCAAGAGUGCUGCAGCAUGGAGGGUGGAAAGGGAGGGGUCACAGACAGAGAGUGAAAGAGAAAGCUGGAGGGAGAGAAAGAGGGAACAAAAGACAGACAGGGUGCAGAGGAUCUGACUCGGGGUCUGGGUGCUGUGGCUGUAAUCUCCUGUGGGAGGGUGAACCUUCUUAAUGUGUUCUCCCCCCUCCAUAAACAUGGCUGGAGAGUUAACAAAGACAUCCUACCUCUAGGACCUUGAGUCACUGAGCUCCAAAACCUGUGGAGAGUGAGCAGACACAGAGGAACAUCAUGGUCCUGCAGGGAGUUCUGAAGGGGCCAGCAGGUAGAGCAGACUGGCACAUUUAUGCACUUCUGCACAGCCAGGCCAACAGACACUGAAUACAGGGUCCCAGCAGAGCACAGGAGGCACCCCAACAAGAGAAGCAGGGCACCAGUCAUGCUGGGGGGGGGGUCAUUGACAUGGGUCAUAUCAGGAAGAUGCAUGGCUGACAACCUGUAUAACCUAUACCGUACUAAAGAUGUUAUAGUGACAGGAGCUUGGCCAUGGAUAGCGUGGUGCUAACAUGAGGCAGAAACCGCUUCUACCAAGGCUGUGCAGUUAGAACUGCAUAUUAGAAACUAAUCUAAAUAAACCUAGGAAACAUCUCGAGAGAUGAGAGAUGUGGGUGCUCUUUUGCUACACACAGCCCCACUGGUACCACACCCAGAACCGUGACCGGGGGGGUCCAGGUCUUACACAUACAGGAUUACACGUCAGCCGGAACGUGGUGCGUGAGCUAUACCGAGACUUUGUCUUACUUGUUCAAUUGUUUCUGGAAUUUAAACAAUGGAACUUAAGGGUUCUGGAAUGUAAGGGUGUAGUGGGUAUGCAUUGACAUCCCUGCCGGAACACGCCCAUUCAGACAGGCUGAGUGACAAAACACGCGAUAACAUUGACUUUAGCGGGGGAAACUGCAAAAAGAUGAUCUGUUUUAAACGGAAAUCAGUAGGACAACUUACCAAAGGACCAGUGAACCACGGACGCUGCUAUGUGGCCAGGAACCGGCUUUCUGCACCUUUCUACGUGUUCUGUGUACACCCUCCUCUGCCAGCAGGUCAGUGCACUCAGACUGUCACUUUCCAGUCACUCUAAUAUAAAUUUACUGUAUUUUCAAACUCUUUAUCAAUUUUCAUUAUUUCUGUAGUUGUUAUCCUAACAUUUUAGUUCCAUUCUUUCAGCUAACUUUUCCUCUAUUUCUCAGUAACAUGCAGCAGGGCUUGAGGAAUCACAUUUCCUUCCUUUACGUUGCACGAUGUGUUGAUGUAUAGGAAUGACAAUAAAACCUAUGAAAUUGAAUUGAAUGAUAUAUACCUGAUGUCAACAGUGUGGAAAUACACAAAGCAAAGUCUAAAGCAAGGUUCCCCAGUUCCAGUCUGGGUCAGUUUCCAGAUUCCCUGCUCAAAACACACCUUAUUCAGCUCACGAGCCAAUUGCAAGAUUCAGUAGGUGUGUUUGAGACUAUGAAGUCCAAUUAAACUGUGGUUCCUUAAAUCCGACAAGUUACCCCAAUAAGCUAGUAACCCUGCUUCGUAGUACAGGCCACCGGUUUUUAAAAAAUAUUUUUAUUGCACCAUUUAUUUAGUCAGAAAUGACAACAAAUCCAUGUUUUGGAGUCUAGAUUUGGG